UUCAAGGGGUACUACAUAAAAAGGAUGACGGCACUGUAGUCUACGAAAUGAUCAGAUCGGAUCGUCAAAAUCUAGAAACAAUUCGACCCGUUUUGGCUUCAGGAGCAUUUUUUGUGAUUAUCUUCACGUUCCAGUUUUACAGUUGUCCCCCAUUAGUCAUUGGAAUAUGGAUUCUUGCCUUUGGAGUUGCAGUAGGAUUCCUUGUCUUUAGUUAUUGUUCAGUUUUACCCUCUGUACUACUGCACUGGGGCCCUCGCAAAAAGUAUUAUGAAGAAGGUGAAAAGUUACAGGCAUCCUCAUCCAAGCAGUGUACCAUUUGUGGUAAUAGAAAAUGCCAACGUCACAGACCAGAGAUUUCAAGAGCCAAGCUAAAGCCAUGGGAAGACCUUUUUAUUCCAGAAUCUGUAGAUGCCGCAUUACAAGAGUUUCUUGGUCUUUUACUUCAAAACUAUGUGUACAGCUGGUACAGAGAGUUAAGCUGUAGUGAAAUAUGUGUGGAUGAAAUCCGUGCAAGCAUUAGAUACAUGGCUGCAGUGUUGUUAAAGAGAAUACAAAAGGUUGAUCUCCCAACUUUUGUUAUUAACAAUGUUGGCAAGGAAGGUUUGAAGCAUUUAGAGAUGUAUUUGACAACAAAACAAAAAGUCACAGCAUCAGGCUCUGCAGCCAACAUCCAGACAGCCAUUUUAGAUCGCUUUGGACCCAAGAUGCAUUGUGCACUGCAGAGUCGUCAAAUGGAACUUCACUAUCUGAGGAAACUGUCAGAGUCUAUUAUUCCUGUUAUAUUACCUCCAAAUUCCUUGCAGUGUAGGAGUCUUUUGUCCUUACUGCGAGAACUGUUAGCCAGUGCAGUCUUUUUAACAGCAGUUGACAAACUAUCAGAUCCGGAUUUUGUGAAUAACAUGCUUCUUCUACUUCUGGACAAAGAACCUAUGGUUGCCUCAGAAGAACCACUCUCUCCAAAAGUGCCAUUACUUGCUAAGUUUGCCAAACCAAGGACUCCAGUUAUGAGCUCGGCUCUUCAUCUUUCCAUAGCAGACAUACUUCAUACCCAGUCCGCCCUGUUUCCUUUCAUGCAGUUUAUGAAAAGCGAAGGAGCGCUAAACAUUCUCCAGUUCUGUCUUACUGUUGAGGAUUUCAAUAAAAGGAUAUUUGCUUCUGAAGAAACAGAAAAAGAGAAAGUAUCUAUAUUAAAAGAGGUCAGAGAGAUCUUCAGUUCAUAUUUCGAUAAUGGAGCUGUGGACAGAAUCAACUUUGAUCCAGAUAUGGUUCAAGGGUUACAAGACUGUAUUAAUGCUCCUGUUGACAAGAUGGAGAGAUUGAAAAUAGCUUCUUUUCUGUCAAAGGCCUGUGAACAUGCUUACAAUCUUUUAGAGACAACUUUUCUGCCCCUGUUUUACCAGAGCGAUGAUUAUUUUACACUAUUGUGUGGAAGCCGAUUGCCGGCCAAAUCUUUGAACAAACCGACUUCAAGGGCUUCAAAGAAGAAGUUCGAUCCUUUGGCCGAGUUUUCAAGGUUAGCCGGAAAGUUGAAAGAUAAAGUAAUGAAUCCGAACAAAGAUGAUUCACCGUAUGAAGAGGACCCGUUUGAUAUCCCGGAUACACCUCCGGAUUUCGACUGGCAAAGUGAAGAAAGUGAAGAAGUGGAAGAGAAGGAGACGCGUGACCUCAGCUUGUGGAAGAUAACGAUUCCUCACGUGAUCAUGGAAACUAAACAGAAGUGUAUGUUUAUUAUAUCAGUGGAAAGAGCUGAUGUAGGAGAAGUUAUCCGAUGGGAUGUUGCACGGAGGUAUAAGGAAUUCUUUGUUCUUCAAAGCAAGUUACAGGAAUUUCACGGUUCAAUCGACGACUCGCUUCUCCCACCGAAGCGAAAUUCUUCAAAAUCAAUUUCACAGAAGAGUACAGCUAUUUAUUUUGAUGCGUGUAGAGUUCAGUUCGAGAAAUAUUUACAGUAUUUGUGUUCUAAUCCGCUGCUCAAAGGGAGCGGUUUACUGUUCAACUUCCUUUCACCAGAAAAGGAAUUCAGUAAAAUGUUUGGCCCUGACAAGAUGGGCGAUAAAGCGGGUAAAAAGAUCAAGUCAAUGACAACAAUACUCAAAAAAGAGAAAGGUCAAAACCUUGAUCCAUUUCUACAAUCGUUCUUAUCAUCCACCGUAGAACCAACCAAAAGGAAGCCAUUGCCAAAGGGUCUUCUAGCUCAGUCAAGAAGAAGCGAGGAGGGAAUUUUUCCAGGAAGGAGAAAACCAUCGGGUAGUUCGCUACGCUUGAAGGUGGAAGCAUCAGGAAAGCCGCUGAUAUCAGUGACUGGUGUCACCGACUACAUCCUGUUCCUCGCGCAACGUCUGUUCGAUGUCCCAGCCUUGUUAUACAGUUUGUUAGUUUGUGGAAAAGUCGCAUUUCAACAGACCCUAGAUGUUUACGCUGACAGAUAUUUAGCUGGUAAAGUGGAUUUGUUGACGAAUGAACAUCGCCUGGUUAUGAUAAUUCAUUUACUAAGAGACGCACUUUUCUUUGAUGAAGAUCCUCCACGAACGGAUACACAAAAGUUAGAAAGACGUGAAAAGACUCUGAAAGAAAUGCUCGAGUUUAUACCAGAUAUGGCCGUACGUGUUAUUGGAGCUGACAGACAUAAAACCGGGAUCACUUCAUUGUUUGAGCUCCUUCAGCAGCCAAGAUUGAACAAACAGCUGACGUACGUUCUCCUGGAUAGUUUGAUGGGAGAGAUUUUUCCAGAGCUAAAGGAGAGUGAGUUGUUUCCAGCAGAAGAGCUCUCAAGUCGCAACUGAAUCAAAAUAUGUCAAAAACGGGAAAAUGGGUGAAAGUCAAACAAGCUGAGACAAAGUUUCUCACCAAGAAAAGAGGGAAUAAUUACCAAGCGGGGAUGAUUAAAUGGAGAUUCUAAAGCGUGUGGGCAGACCUAAAUAGUGGUUCAGGAAAAUAAGAGUAACCUUAUUUUCUAAUGUGAACCCAAGCGAAAUUAUUUCAUACGGAAGAGUAUAUUACUUUUAAACUGUGUAAAUAUGUAAGUAACAAUGAUGAAAAUUAAUCUUUAAAAGCUAUGAUAAAAUGUGGUAAUUUAUGUUUUUUAUUUAAAGUUUUGCCAAAAAUACAGGAAAGUCUUGGUAUCUAAUUGGAUAUAAUUAUUUUUUCAAAGGUCUAUGAUUCUACUUUCAAAAUAAAUUGACAUACGAAAUCAACGCCCACUGUAAUUUGGUUUUUUUAUUUGUACGAAAAUGCAACUGUUUUAUUCUUUUCGCUUUUAUUCAUGAAAUGUUUGACAGUGCGGUUGUCCACCAUUACAGGAAGGUAUCAGAAAGGUAUUUACUUGUUGUUACUGGUCUAUGACUGUAUAGUAUAAGACUGACGUCAGUUUACAUUUCCUCUAAUAUUACAGCUUUACAAUGGCACAACUUAAGUACCACCUCUGUCAUUCAUCGUUGAGUUCUGAAACCUUUGAUUCUGAUAGACACGCUGUAGUUAGAAAGUGGAUUCAGGUGGAAAUGGGUUCUAAAAUGCUGAGAUAAUCAGCCCGGAGACGAAAGCUUAUUCUAAAUUUACCGCCGUUUGCCUCUCCUAAUUAACUCGGCCUCGUUCUGCUGCAAAUAACAGCAGGCAACUGCAUUAACAGAUGGAUAUUGCUUGAUGAACUAGAAACAUAACAAUAUGGUUUUCAUAAUCGAAACUUUUUUUAGUACUUUUCAU